GGCCAUUCAUUCUAACUCCCCACCGCUUCGUUUCCCGAUCAAACAGAGGCGGAGGCGGAGGAGGCGGUGCUUGACGGCGGCCGUCGUCAGAGGCGAUGAAUGAACCGCGUCGUCGACGUCCGGGCGAAGCUGCGCCAUCGUAUGGUGAUUUUGAUGGCUUGUUUAGUGUUUAGAUACACCACAAGGGUUUCUUCUGUGGGAGUGAGAGCAACAAGACUUACAUGGAUUAUGAGGCUGACUGGUUUGACAUGUGUGAGAGUGACACAUGGUCAAUGUUAUGGAUCAAGGAUUUUCUUUCACAACUGGGACAUGACAUGGAAGCCUCCAAAUUACAUGUGUAUUGGUGCCAACCAGGGAAGACCGUUGCUGAUGGGCUUAAGCUUAUGCAAUGUGAUGCAGAUAUUGUUCUUAUGAUUAUUGCAACAAUAGAGCACAAGAACCUACUGCUUGUAGUAGAUCAUGGUGAAACUUUGCAGUCAUCAGAUGAUGAUGUUUUGAUUACUGGAGUGACAGAACUGCCUAAGGUCAUUACUCCCACAAAACCCAAUGGAAAAGAAAAUGUUAGAUGCUCAGCGAAAGGAAAGAGUCCAAGACAGAAUGUAUCAAGGAAAACAAAGAGGAGGAUGUCAUAUGGCGAAGGAUCUAGUUCUGGGUUUACAGCUGCAGUGGAGGAAGAGCAAGGAGAGGAGCAUGGUCAGAGCAGUGAAGAAGAGGGUGAUGUUCAGGAUGAGUUAACAUAUGAGGAUUUUUAUGAGAGUGACUUUGAUGUGCAAGAUGGUGACGAUGACCUGUUUGAUGCACAUGUUGACAAAAAUGUAGAUGACCACAGAGAGAAGACUGAAUUUUCUGACUAUGAAGCAGAACUCCCAGAAGAUGCACUGGAGGACAGUCAUUUGAAUAUGUCAAGAGAAGAGAAAGAGGAGUUGAAGCAUAAAUUCAGUGUUUUCAACCCUACCACAGACCUGAAUGCACCAGUGUUUAAGCUAGGUAUGGUAUUUGCAGACAUGAUAGAGCUGAGACAUGCUCUCAAUGCAUACAGUGUCAGAAAUAGAGUGAAGGUGAGGAAGCUCGGGAAUACUAACAGGUCAUUAGAGGCAGUAUGCAAGGAUGAUUGUACUUGGUACUUGAAGGCAGGCAAGAACAACAGAUCCAGCGGCAUUCAGAUCAAGAAGUAUACUGACAAACAUACUUGCACCAAAGCUUGGGAUCUGAAAGUGCUUACUGCUCCCUUUCUUACUAAACAGUUCAGAGAAGAGUUCAGAGGCAAUGAGAAAAUGCCCUUACUGAAAUUUUCAGAGAAGGUGGAACAAGAAUUUAACUUAGUUGCUCACAGGAGUAAGUUGGGAAGGGCAAGAAGAGCAGCCGUUAAAGAAAUCAGGGGAGAAGAUGAUGAUCAAUACAACACUUUAUGGGACUAUGGGCAGGAGUUGAGAAGGAGCAAUCCAGGGAGCCUAUUUUUCUUGUGCACAAAGGAAGUGUUUGAUGACAAGGCCAAGGUCACAAAGGACCACUUCUCAACAUUGUACUGGUCUUAUGAUGCAUGUAAGAGGGGGGUUUUGAAGGGUGCAGACCAAUAAUUUUCCUUGAUGGUUGUCACAUCAAAACAAGAUAUAAGGGGAAUAUAUUGACAGCAGUUGGGAUUGAUCCAAAUGAUUGUAUCUUCCCUAUAGCAUUUGGCAUAUGUGAAGUGGAGUCAACACACAGUUGGGAGUGGUUUCUAGCCUCUUUGAAGGAUGACCUGAAUAUAAUCAAUACAUCAACAUUCACCAUUAUGAGUGACAGACAGAAGGGUUUGACGAAUGUUGUGAAGAAAGUUUUCCCUGAUUCAGAACAUAGGAACUGUGUUAGGCACAUUUACCAAAAUUUCCACAAAGUACACCAGGGUGAACAACUGAAGAAUGACCUCUGGGCCAUAGCAAGAUCCACUAAUGAAGCUGCCUACACCAGAAACAUGGAUAAGAUGAGAGAUCACAGCUUUGCAGCAUUCAAUUGGGUUGAGAACUUGUCCCCAAGAACUUGGAUCAAAGCUUUCUUUGACCCUUUCUGCAAGUGUGAUAUAUUGCUGAAUAACAUGUGUGAGGUGUUUAACAGCUACAUUUUGGAUGGUAGAGAGUUGCCAAUUAAAUCAAUGCUGGAUUACAUCUUCUGGAAGAUUUCAAAUAGGAUGGUUGGUAAGCAAAGGGAGGCAGAAAAGUGGACAGGCAGGCUUUGCCCCAAGAUACAGAAGAAGCUGGACAAGUAUGUUGAGUGGGCAAAAAAUUGCAGGGUGAGGGAGUAUGGAAGAGGUGUAUUCCAGGUUAUCUCAUUAAACAACACUUACAUUGUUGAUCUGAACAUGUUGAGCUGUAACUGCAAAAGGUGGGAAUUGUCUGGUAUACCUUGUCAUCAUGCAAUUGCUUGUUUUAGGCAUGAGAGAAUUGAGCCUGAGAGCAUGGUCCAUUCAUGCUACACUGUUGAGGAGUACAAGAAGUGUUAUGGAUUCAAUAUGAGGCCAAUGAGGGAUCCAGAGGAAUGGGAAAAGAUGCAUGGCAAUCCUGUUUUUCCACCCAUAUACACCAAAGUAAUGGGCAUGCCCAAGAAAAGUAGGAAAAAAGAUCCAGAGGAGAAGAAGGAUAAGAAAGGAGUUAGGAAGUUGACCAAGCAUGGUGUUAGCAUGCAUUGCUCUGUUUGUGGGGGCGCUGAUCAUAACAAGAAAGGGCAUUACAAACACGUGAAUCAACCACCUACCGAGGAAGCACCUGGGGAAUCAGAAGAAGAAUAUGAUGAUCCAAGCAUAAUUGCUAACAUUAUGCCACACAGAGUUUACCCACAGUUUGAUCCAACACAAACUCCAGAUUCUAUGGUUUACAAGAUGCUGGAAAGGGAAAAAUUUACAUACCCUGCACCUAUGGACUUUGGUCCCCUGCCUGAGUCUAGCUUUAUUGCUAAUGCUAGGGACACAAUCCCUAUAGGCAGGGUGACAACAGCCAUGUCCAGGGGCAGGGUGAGAGAAGGAACAAGUGGAAGCAAUGCAACAAGAGGAGGAAGAAGUGCAAGAAAUGCAACAAGGGGUGGUAGAAGUGGUACCAAUGCAAGAAGGGGAGGAAGAAGUGCAAGCAAUGCAACAAGGGGAGGCAGAAUAGUAAGCAAUGCAACAAGGGGAGGAACUGCUUCAAGUGCAACUAGAGGUGGCAAUUACCCAAGUGGAAGUAAUCCUCCCAGAGGAGCAAGGGCUGCUGCUCCAGGAUUCUACAACUUGCUUUUUGGAAAUGAUGGACAAAGCAGCCAGCAACCACCACUUUUUAUGCAGGGAGAAGAAGAGGUACUUGUGAGCCAAAAUGCACCCCAAGAUGGCCUGUUUGGAGAUGGCUGGCCUCAGGACAUGCAUGAUUUCCUAUCUCUGUAGUUGGAUGACCAAGUGAUGAAGUUCAUGAAUGAACUUUUGUGUAGAAUAGUUCAUGAAUGAACUGCUCAUGAACUGCUCCUUUUGUUGGGGUAAAUCAGGAAAAAAGACCUUGUUCUGCUUAGGUUUACAUGACAAAUGAACCAUGCUUUUGUCAGUACUAAUUUCCCUGUUUAGUAUGGAUUUUGUUCGCUACUUCUCCUAGUUUGGAGCUAUGACAUAUGUUUACUGUCAUAUGCCCAAAAUCAGUUUGCACAUAUGUUUACUGUCAUAUGCCCAAAAUCAUUCUGCACAUAUGUUUUCUGUCAUAUGCCCAAAAAGAGUGGCCUACUUUUUGAAUUGUUUUACUGAGAUUUUUAUGCUCAAAUACAUU